AUGAAAAUUGAGCAGCAUCAAGAUUCUUUGAUAUAUAAUGACGAAUAUGACUAUUAUGAUAACCAGAACUUAAAUCCUAGGUCUUCAAAUGAAGGAGCUCACUCAAAGAAGAGUUCAUAAAGGCAAAAAGGCUUUAAUAUAUCCUCAAAUGAUAUUAAAUUGCAAAGUAAUUCUGAUUUUAGUCCACUACAGGCAUCUCAGAACCAGAAUAUCACACCAAGUUAAAAUUUGAAUACAUCAAAGAAAUUGCAACUUAAAAAUAGCAGCAGUAAAGAUCUAGGUAAAAUGGCUCCAGCUGAUUAACUAUCAUUUAGCAUUGAUAGUACAACUAACAUCAAGUAAUUAGUAAAGGAAUUUGAGAAAUCCAAGCAAAAUCUAUUGGAUAAAAAGCAAAAACUUUAAUAUAGAUAAACAGAGUUAAAAUAGAUCAUAUCGUAGUAAAGAGAAUUGAUUGUACUUGAAUUUCAAGAGUCUAAAAGAUAAGAGAAUGAGAUAUAGCUAUAAAAAAAUAAAGCGAGAUAAAAUAUUAAGGAAGUAGAAAGCAUAAGAAGUUUAGUCAAUGAAUAGAAAAAAUUGCUCAGAAAACAUUAAUAAAAUGUAGAGGAGUAGAUUGAAAGUUUUACAAUUAUGAAGAACGAUACUAUCAAAACUAUUGACCUUAAAUCAAAUAAAGUGUUAUCAGAAUGCUAUUAAUUAAACUAGCAACUUAAUCAAGAGAAUGAAAGAAUAAACUACUUGACACAAAGAAUAAACGAAAGUAAUACUUAAAUAAAUGAGAUGAGAGGAGUUCUUCAUUCAAAGGCUAUGGCUAGAAGUGUCAGCUAAAAUUUGAUUCGCUAAAGUAUGGACUAGCUCAAGAAUUUGAUGAGGCAGUGA